CACGUUUGUCCUGUACACAGUCUAUUGCAUGGUAAAGGAUAACAUUUCUACUCUUUUUAUUUGAGAGGAACAUUUUAACAAAGGAGGUUCAUUUUAGAAGAAGAAUCUGCGGCUACGUCAUCAGUUAUUAAUCAGCUCUUCUUUGUGAAUCACAGAUCACAUUCUGCUGACUUUUUCACCAGGAAGACAUUUUUUGUUUUUUGCAAAGAUAAAAAAAUGGAUGCUAGAGUAAAAGAGGACAGAUCAAUGCCAAAACCAGGACCCAAAUGGUUCAAACUAAGUUAUUUUUUAUUUUUGCUGAAUAUCAGUAGUAUUGUUGCUCCAGUCACAGGAUUUUCAGUUAAGUCAUGCCGAAUCACUAAUAAUACUGCCAUAUGUUCCACGAAUGAACUAAAACUAAAAUCUGUCCCUGGAGGAAUUCCCGCAACCAUUACAAUUUUGGACUUGUCUGUGAACCAAAUUUCUAAAUUGCAAGUGUCAGAUUUCAAAAAUCUAUCUGUUUUGAUGCAUUUAGACCUUCAACGGAACUCUAUUUCUCAUAUCGACACGGGCACUUUCAGAAAUCUGAUUUCCCUCAAAUGGUUGAAUCUAAAUCAUAAUAAACUUGUUAAGCUUGGACAUGAUCUUUUUGAAGGUUUGAGCAAUCUCACAGAGCUCAGAAUGAAUAAUAAUAGCAUUAAAGCUGUGUCAUCCACCUCGUUAAGGUCCUUAACAAGCUUAACGCUUUUGGAAAUCUCCAGCAACAAACUGCACCACAUAACAACAUUUAAUUCAGUAAUACAGAACCUAACACAUUUACAGAUGCUGUCAGUUGAAGACAACAAUUUACCCACUUUCAAGUCAUGGGAAAUGACAAAUGUCUCUCUAAAACUUACGCAACUUAAUUUGUCUCAGAAUCGCUUUUCAGUCUUUAGUAUCACUGCAGAUGUUUUUCCAAAUCUUAAAUUGUUGAACAUCAGCCGCACUUAUAAAAAACAACCGCUGAAAUGGGAGGUUGGUAAGACUUUUCUUAGUCAAGUUUCCACUCUUGAUAUAAGUGGGCUUCAAAUUACUCCUGUUGACAGGAAAACAAUACAAGAGCUCUUCAACUUCUCACUGACCUCUCUGACGAUGAAUGCGAUGAAACAAAAAAACCUUAGAAAACGAAUCAAUAUGUCCUGCACCAUCCCAACAGUAACCAAACUCCAUCUCCAACGUAACAACCUCUCUUUUAUCAGGUCAAAUUUGUUCCAGGGGUGUAUUCAUGUAAAAGAGUUAGAUUUAUCAGAUAAUCGAAUACGAAAUAUUUCAGACAAGGCCUUCACAUAUCUUCAAGGUUUAAGGAUCUUAGAUCUGAGUCAAAACAAGCUUUUAUCUGUUCCAGCUGCCACUAGCAAUCUACCAAGACUUGAAAAGUUGUCUCUCCAAAUGAAUAACAUCAGGAGACUUGAGUAUCACGAUUUCACCAAUCUGACAGGGCUCAGAGAGCUUAACCUUCAUCAGAAUAAGAUUUCAGCUCUACAAAAAUGUGUUUUCAAGGAUUUAAUAGGAUUGCAAGUUUUAAAGCUAGAGGCAAACAACAUCUACAACUUAGGAGAUGCUUUCAAAGAGUUCUUACCAAAUCUUACACAACUGCAUUUGAAUGCAAAUAGACUCACCACCAUUCAGCGGGGGGAUUUUCAAGGCUUGCAAUCCCUCAAGAUAUUGUCAUUACAUGAAAAUCAAAUAGAGAAACUUGCAAAUGGCUCCUUUAUCGGAUUGACGGAUCUAACUGUUAUUCAGCUGCAAUCAAAUAGUUUAAAAGAAUAUACAUUCAGAGAUGCUUUCAAUGAUCUAAUACAUUUGAAAAGAUUGGAAUUAAGUGAGAAUCACAUUCGAUACCUCAACGAUAGCGAUCUUCUGCCUGAUCCACCAUUUUCUCAGCUGUCCGAUCUGGAGAUACUGGCUAUGCCAGUGCAACACAGAAAGUUGAGGUUUCAUCUGCCUCGCAACUUUCUGAAAGGUUUGACUAACCUUUCGUAUUUCGAUGCAAGGAACAUGCAUCUUCUGCAUUUCCACAAAGACAUGUUUAUUUACACGCCUAAACUGCAAAAACUUGACAUUAGCGGAAACAACCUAAAAGAUCUUUCUCCGGAUCUGUUUUCCCCAAUUGGUAACCUUAAAAACCUCUACAUAUCUAGAGGGUUAGUUCUUGGGUCUCUAGAUUUCCUUAUUGAUGCCAACCUUACAAACCUAGAGUUUCUACAGGCAAGAAAUAAUGAAUAUUCAGUUAUCAGUAUGGAAGUUAUAAAGUCCCUACCGGCUCUCGCUUACAUUGAUCUUAAGGGCAAUAGUUUCACCUGUGACUGUGAUAAUGUCUGGUUUGGCCAAUGGGCAGUUAAUGACCUGCAAACACAAGUGUUUGGCGCCUCCAACUUUGAGUGCAACUAUCCAAAAGGCCUUAAAGGUAAGAAACUGUUGGACCUAGACGUACGGUCCUGCAUGGUGGACAUUGAAUUUGUCUACUUCAUCACCACCACAUGUAGCAUACUCCUGUUUAUGGUGGUGACCUUCACCUACAAUUUCCUGAGGUGGCAACUGGCCUACGCCUACUACAUCUUCCUGGCUUUGCUCUUUGACACAAAGUAUAAAAACAAGCAAGCUCCAAAUCAGUAUGACGCCUUCAUCUCCUACAACACCCAUGAUGAGCCAUGGGUCAUCAAAGAGCUGGUGCCAAAACUGGAAGAAGAGCAGGGCUUCAAAUUGUGUCUGCACCAUCGAGACUUCGAGCCAGGUAAACCCAUCAUUGACAACAUAACAGAUGCCAUUUAUGGAAGCAGGAAGACAAUCUGUGUCAUCAGUCGCAAAUAUCUUGAGAGUGAAUGGUGCUCCAGAGAGAUCCAGGUGGCCAGCUUCCGCCUGUUUGAUGAGCAGAAGGACGUGCUGGUUCUGGUGUUUCUGGAGGAUAUUCCCACCUCUCAGCUUUCUGCUUACCACCGCAUAAGGAAGCUGCUGAAGAGGCAGACCUACCUGAGCUGGCCUCAAGCUGAGGAGCAUCCCGAGCUGUUCUGGGUGAAGCUCUGCAAGGCUCUAAAGAACAGAGAAGAUAUCAAUGAGGACAGAUUACUCCUCACUGUGGGGGACAGACCAUGAUGGAAAGGAAAUACAAUCCUCUUUAUGUGAGAUUUGGAGUCGUAUUGGAAUUUGUUGUUUUUUUCAAAAAUGUAACAAAGUAUACCUGAAGGAGGUUUCUGGGAUUACAUUCCCUACCAACUACUGUAGAUCAGCUGCUCUUACAGGUUUAACUGAAAUGGAAAUUAAUUUCAAUAGUUUCCAUACACACAAACUGGAAGACAAAGUUGACUAAGUAUGAGUGAAAUGUGUUUUUUCCAUAAGCAGGUGAGCCCUACCUUUCACUUUAGAAUGGGGCAGUGAACAGAUAGUCAUGAUUAUGAUCAUCUUUUAGGAUGCCACAGUUUGAUUUCACUCAUUGACAGUUUUCCGCAACACUUGGAAAACUGUCUCUUGUAAAAAUGUAUAUUUUGAAUUUAAACAUUUAUUUUAACUUCUUUGAUUUUAUCUUAAAAGCAGUGAGCACAAAAUGAGCUCUCUACUUUUCUACGUUUUUGUUCAUCCCAUAACGCUUAAAAAUGCAUGUUUUACAGUCAAGCUUUAUUCAAACCUACAGGACUUUACUUCUCCCAAAGUUUCACGAGAUACAAAAACUGUAAACUUCAAAUUAUGGGAAAUGUUAAAGGUCCCCUAAUAUACUGUUUUUCAUCAAUAUAUUAUAUGUCUCAGAUAUAUUCAAAACAUGUCUCUGAAGUGCAGUGUAGCAUCCCAUAAACCCCUUUGUUUCAGCCCUGUUUCAAAAGUGCUGAUUCUCUGUCUUUUACUUUAGAUGAAGUUAAGAUUAGAUUAGAUGAGAUCCAGAUGAUAAGGUGGGGGGGGGGGGGGUGUUACCGUUAUUGGCUAAUAGUUACACAAGCCAAACAAUCAUUAUGACAUCAUAAAGUGGCCAAAAUCUGAUCAUCUCAUUUUCAGAAAGGUUUUUAUGCAAAUGGUUCAGGACAAAGAGUGAGGGAAUCUUUUUUCCUGAAGCUUUCAGAAUCUCUUUACACAAAGGGGACACAUGUUUGUGUAUAAAAGACAUGAAAACGUGGAUUUUGCAUAAUAAGUGACCUUUAAUUGUGCGAAACUCUAGGAUAUUGUUGAAUUAAAUAUCAAUGAAAAGCUAGAACAAUGUGUAGAACAAAUAUGAUACAAUCAAACAGUGUGGAAUAAGAUGAUUUUAAAACUAUUCUAUUAAAAACAUUUUUUAAAUCUUAUAUUUCAAAUUAGUUUUUAUCGUUUAUGCCUAUUUACUUGAUUAAUUAUCAGAAAACUGAUUUUUCAACUCUAUUCUCUUGUCGUUGUGAUUUAUCUACUGUUAUAUUAUGUCUACUGUAUUGUGCUCAUCUUGAUUCUUUGCACCCUAUUUGAAAUUCUGACCUUUGGUUUACUCAUUUAACACUGUAAACUAGGAUAACAUUUAGAAUGUGCAGCAGAUAUAAUAAUUGUUUUUAUUAAAAAGGGUGGUAUGUAACAUGUGGAUAUGCUGAAUGUUAUGAAACUCAGACAAAUGCAUUAUUAAACAUCUCUGUUUUUAUUAA